AUGGGAUUCACCUUCAAAUUCUACAAACAUAAGCACCUUUUUCGGCUGAAGGAAAAUUGGAAGGACAUCGGGGCGCAUGUUUUGUAUUGCUCGAGUGAGGAGGCGGUUAAGCCAGAGGAGAAAAAAAAUCUGGGUGAAGAUGACGUCCUUGGGAGUGACCCCUGCAGGGGACAUGGUGACAUAACCUAUCCCGAAAUUGUAAACACCAUUCAGUACUCAUCCAUUUGUAUGUCUGUCUUUAACAAGCAGAACGAAGUAGUAGGCAUUGUUUCGCUGGACUAUGAGUUGUGUGCAGGUUCUUUUGGAAAAAAAACGCAUGAGCGGGUACCCCUGUGUGAUAUAUACCCUGCUAUAUCAUUACACAUAAAGGAGCAUUCUGUGCUGUCCAGUUUGUCUCCAAAUAAUUCUCUUAUAAUAAAUUUAGUGAUCAGCAAAAAUGUGAAUUACUUGGAAGAUUUAUGUUCCUACGUGUUCUAUACAUUUGAAGACGUUGUUUUCAUUUUACUGUUUUUGCAAAAAAAUAAAAAAAAUAAAAAUGACGAAUAUUUCUCCUGUGAGAAGAUGAACAGAUGUCUACACAUCGAUGUGAAGGAGCACUUAAAAAUGGACAACCUUCCAUAUGAUAGGAUUGUUCUUUUUUGUCGAUACUCUUACACUAAUAAAAUAUAUUUACGACCGACGUGCAGCUCGGAUGUGUACGAUCUGCAUGAACUGCUCAGAAAAUAUUCGCAACAAAAUGGACGAGAAGAAAAUCAUUACCUCAUUUACAAUCUCAUUGAGAGAAAAACUGAGGAGGACAUCCUGCUAUCCAUACUGAAUAAUAAGAAAAAAAUCAUUGGAUUUGUUUGGCUAAAGAAAAACAUAGACGUCAAUGUCCUCGUCCGUUUGUAUAACUUGAAGGCCUACAACUAUCUGCUGCGUAGGGAAUUCUUUCAGGACAUUGCCCCAUCAUUGGUUCCUUUCUCCGGAGGGACGAAAAAUCUGAACAAGAAGAAAAAAAAAUACCUGUUCAUCCAAUUUAAGCAAUUCAUUUUGAGCCAAAUCAGCGUUGAGUGCGAGGAGGACCUGGACAAGAAGCACGAAAUAAAUGCGGACGUUAUUUAUGGCUACCUACGCGAACAUUUAAUGGAUGAUGUGGAGGAGUACGCCGCAUAUUUUGCGAAGAAGGAUUUAGACACACGGGUGAUCCUGCGGAACAUCUACAACAAGCUGCAGUACGACUAUGAAAACUGCGCACAAAAUCAGAACAACGGACGCGUCAACUUUGCACUAAUGAACAAGCUGAUCAACUUGUGUGCCCACAUAAGCUACUCCGACAUCGCCCAAAUCAGCGCCAAAUUUCAAAGCCAUUUCGAUAAGGUUGAGAUGCUCUACUACAACUUUAACACAGACAAGACUUACAAAAAGAUAUACGACAAAGUAUGGAGGAAGAAAGCGGGAAUAAAGACUGAUGAGGGGGGAGAACACGAUGCAAAAAAAAUCAACAUCAUAAAGUUGAACUGUGACAAUAGCGGCACGGGCAAGUCGGGGAAGAGCUCCAAGGAGGUGGUGAACCUGUCCUACUUUGACAUAUUCCUCCUUCUGCAGAAUAUUUACCCCGAGAUUUUCAAAAAGAACGAAAUCAUCCUGCUGUUUCUUUUCCUCGACUUGUACGAGUUGAUCACCGUGGAAGAGUCGACCCCGUUUGACUGUGUCUCAUUCAAGCUCUACCUGGACGAACUGGUGGACAUUAAGAAAAACUACUUCAUCUGUAAAUACAAGCACAUCGACUGGCUGAGCAGUUUGGGUGACAAAGACAAAAAUGCCUUUUCGUUAAACUUGUUCAUUCUGAAUGAGAAGUACCACCAUCACUGCAAAGACGUGCUGCUCAAGAUCGAAAAGUACUACGACGAAGUGGACUAUGUUGUGGCCACGAACAACGAGCGAGGGAGAAUCCCACUCAUCCUGAAUUACUUCAAUCGCGUGAAGAAGAAAAAAAAGACAAACACUUUGGAGUCCUUGUAUGUGCUGAAUAAGUACACUCUUUUCCUUCCUCCAUGCACGGACUAUAUGAGGAUGACCGAUAUAGAGGACGUGCAGAAGCUGCUGGAAGCCGUGGAGGACAAGGAGAAGGAGCCCAUUAAUAUGGCUAUUUUGUCUUUAAAGGAGUUCCACAGACGGGGCGUUGGCCAGGGGGAGGAGGCCCCCUCAGAGCUCAAGUUCUACCGCUCCCAAAACUACUACAUCUUCGUCACGAGGUGCGGAGGCAAAGCCAUAAACGUGACCGCCGGACGCAUCCUGAACAACAUCGACUUUUACUAUAAGCUGAAAGCCUUCGAUUUUAAGGACGUCAUUUUGAGGAACGAGAACCGGGAAGAGAAGCACUUCCUGCUCUCCUUCUUUUUGUCCAUAAUUAUUUUCAAGUUUUACGACAAGCGUAUUGUUCAUAACAUUUUGGGAAUGACGAAGGCCUGCUCAUGCCAGAUCGCCGUGGGAGACAACACCUACAGCGACGUCUACAAGCACUUCAAGUUUUUGUUUACGAAGGAUAACAGCGUGAGCGUGUUUAAGAAGGAGCCCCCCAUGGGUGUAGAGACAACACAUAAUUAUAACCAUGUGGGUAGCCAAAGACCGAAGAACGAAAUGAAUGAAAGGUUUUACCUCGUGAUGACAAAACAAAUGUGUCUGAAAAAAUUUACAAACAUCGACCACAAUAUUGUCUUUUGGGGAAUCAAUGACGUGUGCCUAAGUGUGAUAUACAAACUGAUGACAAACAACGAAUACUUUUUUAACAACAUAAUUAUAGUCAGUCCUUACAGGAAUAAAUUUCUCGAGGGAACCACUACCGGAGCAGUUGGGCAAGACGACUAUAACUGCAAUAGCAUCAAAAACUGGAGUUUGGAAAAUGUAGAAAUGUACAGAAAGCUAGCAAACUUAAUGAUCAAGCAAAGAGUGAGAAUAAUUCACGACAAUAUUUUCAGCAUCGAUAGAGAGAAUAAAAGGAUUGAGCUAAACAACAGUGAAUUUAUUUUUUACGAUUAUCUGUUUAUUUGUUUUGACAAGGAGGAUAUUAGCACUUACUCGUUCCAACUGAACAGCUAUGAAAUGGGGAAGAAAAAGAACUUCAAUUUUAUCGAGAGGAAUAAGAGCUCCGCUUGUCCUAAUGAGCGAUUCGACUUUCUGACCAAGGCGAAGGAUUACGAGAAGUUUGAGGCGAGUGAAUGGUCUGCAAAGGAGCGAUCCGUUGAGAGGGGAACACCUAGAAGGGGGAAAUAUCGCCUAAACAGGGUGAAGAGGCACCACGUGGGCAGUCCAAAAAUGCAGGGCGGAAAGGACGCCGUAAGCAAUAUGCAACAUCCCGAGGGGGAGGACCCCUCUAGCAGCUCCGACUCCAGCGAGGGGGACGUCACAGGGGUGGCCUCUAAAGGAAUGUUGCAUGGUGGAACGCAGCAUGACCAGAGGGGUGAACACAUCGGGGGAAAGAAUCCAAAAGAAGAAUCAGGCAAAACAAACGACGAGGAGGAAUACCACUCUGAUUACUCAACGCUAUCGUCCAGUUGCAUACAAACAAGUGAAGCGAGUCUGUCAGAAGGGGAAACUCAGGGUGGUGGCGCCCUCCAAAUGGCCAACACGAAUGAUGAUGCGUCUGAUCAGCAGGGUGGUAACACCACGAUAAGGGCACACCCCAUUGACGGCGCGUUAAGCAAAGCUGCGGGAAGUAAAGGAGAAUUGUUGAGGGAAGGGGUUUCAGCGGGGGUAGUUCCUCCUUCCCAUCCGGGUGAAGGUAAAAAAAGGGGGUCAAAAAUGGUGGGCAAAGUGGACAACUCGGGUGAGAUGCGAACGACACAGAUGGUGAAGACUGCGUCGCGUCCCUCCACGGAGAGGAAAAACGUGGAAGGGCUGUUCAGCAUCAGCGACCCCUUCUUGGACAAAUACUUCGACAAAAACAGCACCUACAUGACGGUAGUGAAAAACUGCGUUAGUUACAUCGUCAUCUAUAGCGAUAACAUGGACAUCCUCACGGUAGUUAAUUUUUUCCUAAAAAAUGGAGUGAAGUCUUACAAGCUUUUAAUUAUAUCACCACACACAUGUACCAAGUGCAGUGAAAAAAAUACAAAAAAUAAUUUAAGGGAAAAAAUAUCUAAACAUAGACUCUACUACGAGCACAAAAAACAGCUGAAGGAAAAUUACAUAAUAUCUGAUGAUUCACUUAGGAAAUAUAGUUAUCACAAGAAUUGCGUACCUGACAAUGUUAAGCAGGUCCUAAACAAAGUUUUUCUCCUUUUUCAUUUUCUAAAAAUCAGAAUAAUCCAGGGAGAGAUUAUUGCCAUUAAGAAGAGCAAACAGAACCGCCUGAAACAUGUUGUCGUUCGCUUUUGCAAGCAUGCGAAGGUUGACCCAACUUUGGUGUCUGCUCAGAAGUUUCUUUUUAAAAACACCGUGUUGAUUCCCUGCAGGGUUCUGCUCUGCUCCUAUGUGUUCAACAUCAGCAACCAUCUACACUAUGUGCUGAACAAGGCCUCCAUCGUCUACAACGACCGCAUCUGUGUGAACCACAAAUUUCAAACGAAUGACAAAUUCAUCUUCAGCGCCGGAGAGCUGUGUGCAUUUUCGAGUAAAUACCGAAUAGGCAAAGAGAACAUCCUAAACCAUGAGCAGUACAAUGGUAGCGAAAUUGGCAAGCUCGUAAGCAAAAGGUUUUUAAGUAUUAUCACCGAAAAUGUUAAUAUGCCCUGCGAUUUUUCGGGUUCUAAGAAGAGCGUCAAGAACACGCAGCAAGAGGCGAACAAAUCCUCCACUGGGGAGAACACAAAUGGAGGGAAUGGCCAACGUGAUGACGCAGAGAACCCCGUGGAUCUGUACAGAACGCUGAAGGUUUUCGAGAAGCCCAUCAUCCAUUUCAGCUGCCUCCCCUGCGAUUUUUACUUCUAUCAUUUCCAAGCGCCCACAGGGGAUCUCUGCAAGUUCCACGACCCAUGCGCCGCGGGGAAAGGCAGCACCUGCAAUGUAGACAAAACUGGUGGAGUAGGCAGUACCGGCAGAGUAAACGCCACGGGAAACAACAUAACUGAAAGGAUGAACUCAACAAAUGUGUAUAAGGAAGCCUUCCUUACGGAUACCCUAAAGAUAUGUGUGCGCAAGGACAUGCAGCUAAGCGAGCGCUUCAAAGUGAGGCACUUCGAGGUUGCCAGUAAUAUCAGCACGGAGGGUUACUAUUGCAGAGUCACGACGAAUUCAUUGAACCGGAUAAACUCUUUCACAUACUUGGGCCGCCAGAAACUGAACUUCCACAACCUGCACAAGCUGUGUAACAUGUCCAUCAACUACUUCUACACGAUUCUUAAAAAUAUAAGGAGCUACCCACACUACGAUAUUUUAACCCUGCUGAGUGAGGAGAGGGAGAAGUCCAUUUUUCACUACAAGUUCCAAAUGUUUAGGGAAAAGCUCAAGACGAAGUUAAUGCAUCUGCCUUUGGUGAAGGAGUCCAUCCACGAACAUCUACAGGGCGUCAACAACGCGGAGUCCUUCCGGAAGUACGUGCGGGAUCAGCUGUUCCUAGAAGAUGGCCCCAUGACGGAAAUCAUCAAGGAGAAGGUGGAGACGCACCUGAUUGAAUACAUAAAAGAAAAUCACGAAUUGCUCAACGGGUACUACUUGCCUUGCUGA